CCUCCAUCAAUCUCCUCCACAACAUGCCGCCUCGGUGAUCGCCCGGCGAUGCGACUGUCCGGCAUCCAACUCUCUCGUCUCUCCCAAUUCCCCCGGCGAGCCCGCACCAUCCAACCCUCCCAGGAUGACGACGUCUUCGCCAACAGCCUGCGCAAAACCCUAGAGGCGCACCGCGCCUCCAACCGCGCUCGUCUCAUCCGCAAAACCUACCCCCGUGCUCCAUCCCCGGGCCUCUUUAGACCCUAUAUUCCGCCAGAAAAUCGUGCCGGAUACCAGCCACCACUGCCGCCAUCGCUGCAACUGACGCCACCGGUCAUUGGCCCCGAGAAGGCGGCGAGUGCUAAAAAGCGCUCACACAGACGGACCCCGGAACCGAGCACCUCUUCGACGGAUGCUCGACCCGAGACGAAUGCGAUCCAGUCUGUGGGCGAUGUGGGCUUUGGUCGGCUGGGUCAGACUCCGUGGUUAAGCUAUCUAGAAAACCAGGGCGCCCCUGGUGAUGCCUCUGCGUACUUGGAUGCGGAGAUUCAAGCGUUGCACCGCUACCUAGCUCCGAGCGCUGAUGAACAAAAUCAAGUCACUCAGUUGGGGGUGGAGGUCUCUGCACUGCUAGAAUCAACCGUCCCGCAUACACCGACUCUCAUCGGAUCUCGCCGUACAGGUCUUGCGCUGGCGCAUUCAGACUUAGACUUCCUCCUCCCCUUUGAAGAUCUCCCCCGUUCUCUGGACAGGACUCGCAGGCCGAGUCCAACUCGACCUCAGAUCCGAGAUGCGCAUCUGGCUCUGCUCCGGCAAGUUGAAAGGACAUUGCAGAACGUCCCAGCUUUCAGUGAUGGUGUCAGGUUAUCUGGGAAACGCAGUCUAGUUUUAGAAGCUCGACACCGUCCCACUGGCUUGCUGCUGCAAUUUUACUGCGGCGAACGAGUGCCAGCAUUCACGGAGUAUCUACAGGAUUACUUGGUGGAGUAUCCGUCUCUGCGACCAUUGCACGCAACAACGAGGGCUCUGCUCGAAGCGGGCGGUCUCUUUGGAUCUUCGCAAGCGGGUAUAAGCCCCGACGCGUUGGCCAUGCUAUUGGUCACCUUCUUGAAGAUGAACCAUGGCCGCUUUCCUGGUAUGCACCGUCUCGGUGACCAGUUGCUUGCAUUCCUUCAGCUCUACGGUAGAGAGGUUGACCUGCAGUCCGUCGGCGUUGCAGUAGACCCCCCGGGCUUUUUUGACGCGGGCAAUCUGCGUACGAACGAUGGGGCUGAGGACUCUGCGUAUCUACGUGGUCAACGCUCCCUCAUUGCUGCUAAGCGUACUGCUGCUGCAAGAGGGAAUCUGCCUGCUAGUCGCCGCUUAUGUGUGCAGGAUCCGACUCAUUACAUGAAUGACCUGGGUCGGUCGUGUACACGUACCCCCGAGCUACAGAGUGUUUUUGCCGCUGCGCAUGAGCGGCUCCGUUCAGCUUGUGACAAUUGGGAGGGAUCUGCGGAGAAAACCUCGAUUUUGACGAAUGCCCUGCGGGCAAGGUUUGACGGGCUGGAGAAGAUGCGGAAGCAAAUAGUGCAUCCACAGUCCUCAUGAGCUGGGUCCGGAUGGAUCUUAGAUGAAUAGUACGAUACCCUGUAUAUAAACACGUCUCAUCUCUUGCUCUGCAAUCGAUCAAUUAAGUUUUCUAGCACUUGACUAAUUAUC